UCGCCCAAUCCGGCUGGAACAUCUUCAACGGUCACACUCUCCUUUGACUUCUCUCUCUCUCUCUCUCUCGGAAUGUGCUAAUUCUCAACUAUUCCAGCCAACCUUUCCCUUUCUCUCUCUAGAAUCCACCCCAUUUCCUCUGUACAACAACGAUAUAUAACCAAAAAGAAGAUCACAAAUUCUUCUGAAAGUGAGUAAAACACAACCUAGUUCACAGAAUCUUGAAAUAUCUAAACCCAUUGAGGAAGACGACCUCUCUCUCUCCAUGGGUUCUGAUUCUCUCUCUAUCUUGACCUCAAAUAAUAAUAAGCCGACACCAAUCAAAACCCACGAAGAAGAAGAUCCACCAAAUCAAACCACAGCUCUUCUCUCCUUCGACACCGACACCUCCUCAACCCCUCCCUCCAAAUCCACCACCACCGCCGUCAUCAUCAUCUCUCUCAUCCUCACCACCUCCGUCGCUAUCUCCGCCGCCGUCUCCUUCGCCUUCCUCUUCUUCUCUUCUUCUCCGACUAAUUCUCAAUCUCAAUCUCAAUCUCAAUCUCAAUCUCAAUCCCACCUCAAUCAAACCUCUGAAUCAAUUGAAAAUUUUGCUCGUCCUCUUACCAAACUCAACCACCCAGUUGUUCUCCUGAUUUCAUCAGAUGGGUUUCGAUUUGGGUACCAAUUCAAGACCCCGACGCCCAACAUCCAUCGCCUGAUCAAUAACGGGACCGAAGCUCAAACGGGUUUGAUUCCGGUGUUCCCAACCCUAACUUUCCCAAACCAUUACUCGAUUGUGACCGGAUUGUACCCUGCUUUUCAUGGAAUCAUCAACAACCAUUUUGUUGAUCCGCACACUGGUGCGACCUUCACUAUGAGCAGCCACGAGCCCCACUGGUGGUUAGGUGAACCAUUGUGGGAGACGGUGGUCAAUCACGGCUUGAAGGCUUCAACCUAUUUCUGGCCUGGUUCUGAGGUAAUCAAAGGUUCUUGGACUUGCCCUGUUAAUUUAUGUAAACAUUAUAAUGGUUCUGUACCAUUUGAAGAUCGAGUUGAUACAGUUUUACAAUAUUUUGAUCUGCCUAGUAGUGAAAUUCCCGCGUUUAUGACAUUGUAUUUUGAGGACCCUGAUCAUCAGGGUCACCAGGUUGGACCUGAUGAUCCUGAAAUUACUGAAGCAGUUGGUAGAAUUGAUAGCAUGAUUGGGAGAUUGAUUGAGGGUUUAGAAAAAAGAGGGGUUUUUGAGGAUGUUACAAUAAUUAUGUUGGGUGAUCAUGGGAUGGUUGGUACAUGUGAUAAAAAGUUGAUCUAUCUUGAUGAUUUGAAACCAUGGAUCGAAAUCCCGCACGAUUGGGUUCAGUACUAUACUCCCUUGCUUGCGAUUCGUCCACCACCGGGUGUUUCUCCAUCGGAUGUUGUGGAGAAGAUGAAUGAGGGAUUGAAAUCGGGGAAAGUUGAUAAUGGGAAGAAUUUGAAAGUGUAUCUCAAGGAGGAGCUGCCUAGUCGGCUGCAUUAUGUGGCUAGUGAUCGAAUUCCACCCAUAAUUGGGAUGAUUGAAGAGGGGUUCAAGGUAGAACAGAAGAGAUCAAAUCGGAGAGAAUGUGGAGGAGCACAUGGUUAUGACAAUGCAUUUUUCUCGAUGAGGACCAUCUUUAUUGGCCAUGGUCCUCAAUUUGCUAGAGGGCAAAAGGUCCCAUCUUUCGAGAAUGUCCAGAUAUACAAUUUGAUCACUUCAAUUCUCAAUAUACAAGGAGCUUCAAAUAAUGGGACAGCAACAUUUCCUGGCUCGGUUCUUUUGCCUAGUCAUUGAAUUCCAUGUAGUUAGCAUUUCCAGAGUGGUGUCUGCUGCGCAAGGAUGGUUUGAAUUGAGCAAGAUGAAUCAGUUGUGAAGCCAUGUGCACUCUACUUGAUGAUAGAUGAGCUAAAGGGCACGGUAUUUGUGUUCUUACCGUCUAAUUAGGUCACGUUUUCUGUUAUGUUUGUUUAAGUUAAUAAUGGUAUCUCCUCUACUUGAUUGGUUCCUAUUAAUUAUAUAUUUUGAACCAGAUGUGUAGAAUGGAACCACGAGUAAUCAUGUAAAUGUUAUCUUCAUUUUUUAUUCAGGUAGAUGAAUGUGCCACUUGUAUCUUCA